AUGCCUCGUAUCGAAUAUGAAUUAAAAUUAGAUUUCAAGGACGUUUUAUUGCGACCAAAACGGUCAACUUUAAAGAGUCGCGCCGACGUCGAUCUUACACGAGAGUUUGUAUUUCGCAACUCUAAAAAGAAAUAUGAAGGCAUCCCAGUUGUGGCCUCCAAUAUGGAUACAGUUGGUACAUUUGAAAUGGCUGAAGAACUUUCGAAACAUUUACUUUUUACUACAAUACAUAAGCAUUAUACGGUUGAACAGUGGCUUGAUUUCACUCGGCGUAAUUCGAAUAAUUUGAAGGUUUUUUCGCAAAUUGCUGUCUCAACGGGCAUUGCAGAUAAUGAUUGGACAAAGUUGAAUGCAAUCUGUAACGAGAUAUCUGCAUUAGAAUAUAUUUGUAUUGAUGUUGCGAAUGGUUAUUCUGAGUCAUUUGUUGAUUUUAUACGUAAAGUGCGUGAAACUUUUCCAAAUCAAACAAUUCUUGCUGGAAAUGUAGUAACUGGUGAAAUGGUCGAAGAGCUCAUUCUUACUGGAGCGGAUAUUGUUAAGGUUGGCAUUGGUCCUGGAUCGGUUUGUACUACAAGAAGAAAAGCUGGUGUUGGAUAUCCACAGUUAAGUGCAGUAUUGGAAUGUGCUGAUGCAUCACAUGGCCUAAAUGGGCACGUCAUGAGUGAUGGUGGAUGCACGAAUUCGGGUGAUGUUGCUAAAGCAUUUGGUGCAGGCGCUGAUUUCGUUAUGAUUGGAGGUUUGUUUGCUGGUCAUGCCCAAUGUGGUGGGAAAAUCUUCGAAAAAGAUGGAAAAAAAUACAAAUUAUUUUAUGGAAUGUCUUCAGAUACUGCAAUGAGAAAAUAUCACGGUGGAGUUGCAGAAUAUCGCGCUUCAGAAGGGAAAACUGUCACUAUACCUUAUAGAGGUGAUGUGUCAAAAACAAUUCAGGACAUUUUGGGUGGAUUACGCUCAGCUUGUACUUACACUGGUUCAAUUAAACUUAAGGAACUUUCAAAACGCGCUACUUUUAUAAGGGUUAAUCAACAACUCAAUGAUCAAUAUACGGGUCUGGAAAUUCCUAUACAAUCACCUUAUAUUAAUAUAUAA